UUUUCAUUCAUAGAAGCUGAUCCGGAGUACAUAAAUGCGAGUGCCCUAGUCCCUACCCACUUCUUGCUUUUGCGACAUACAUAACGGCGAAGGAUCUUGUGCACGCUGUCUCGGUGGGUUUGGUUCAGUGAAGAGCGAAGAUGGAGCAGACUUUCAUCAUGAUCAAACCCGACGGUGUUCAGCGAGGCUUGGUAAGUGAGAUCAUCAGCACAUUUGAGAAGAAGGGUUUCUAUUUAAAAGGACUGAAGCUGAUUAGCGUGGAGCGCCCUUUUGCUGAGAAACACUAUGAGGACCUCUCCUCAAAACCCUUUUUUGAGGGCUUAGUCGAGUACAUAAUAUCCGGUCCUGUAGUGGCUAUGGUGUGGGAAGGUAAAAAUGUUGUCGCAACAGGUCGGAAGAUCAUAGGGGCUACUAACCCAUCGGCCUCGGAUCCUGGUACUCUCCGUGGCAGUUUUGCAGUGGAGAUCGGAAGGAAUGUGAUCCAUGGAAGCGAUUCUGUGGAGAGUGCUAAGAAGGAAAUAGCUCUGUGGUUCCCCGACGGGACUGUGAACUGGCAAAACAGCCUUCAUCCUUGGAUCUACGAGUGAAAUAUUCACCGGGCAGAUGGGCUAGUGACUACUGUGUGUUUGAGACAGAUGGACAUGGAAGCACUAGCACUGGAGAUUUGUCUGUAAAACAUAUGAUGAUGAUGCUAUGCAGCAGAAACAUAGGCUAACAUUUUCAUGGAUAUGUACCUUGCGGUUUGUUUUACUUUAGUUACCAAGACCAGUCUACUGUAGCA